UUCGUCACUAGACGUGUAUCGUCGUCACAGCCAGGCAUAUUGCUCGACCAUCGAGCGGCGUCUACAAAUAGUGAAGUUCAGUUAGAAGAACAGCAUCAAAAUGUCACAUCUCAAGGAAGCAUUGCUGCUGAUUUGCCUUUUCGCGGGAUACGUUCAUGGUGGAUUGAUAGAUUGUAACUUUGAAAUUUUGGAAAGGAACAUUUUCGACCACUGGGCUACUACAUGCCCAAGAAUAUUUGAUCCAAAGGAAAACAAUUAUUGCUGCGUCGAUAUAGAGAAUAAAAGGUCUUAUUGCUGCACUUUGUUGGAAUUUGCGAAGACAACUGGAGUUACUCUCAUUCUUCCUGUAGCAGCUGGAGUGAUUGGAAUUAUUUUCCUAGUAAUAUGCUGCAUAUCUUGCUUCUGCUGUGGCUGCUGUCCCUGGUAUCGCCGUCCUCAAGGACCAGGCUUCGCAUAAUACCGUUCCAACACAACGUUUCUUCCACGAAGAGCAUUUGUAUGCCAAUAUUUGAUAAAUUUUUCAUUUA